AUGAAGAUAUAUUGCCUAUUUCUUUUAUUGAUUGCAUUUUGUUUAUGACAAGACUCAAACCAACAAUAUCCUGGAAUUGUUGCAUCUCUUGGGAUUAGUUUCUUGAACAAGGUUAAGGACAAUUAUUUCACACGAAUGAUGGAGGACAUUAAUAACCUCCAAAUUGAGGAUUCGAACGAAGGUAAACUGAGAAUGCACUCUAUGAAAAUGAAUAUUGAGAUUCCUUCUUCAGAAAACCUGCAGAUUUUCUUUGACACUCAGAAUGAUGGCUUAAGAUUUACAAUCAGUAAUUUAAAAGCCGAAGUUUCUGGAAGAUGGGUUUUCAAAAAGUCAUUUGUUAAGAUAAAAGGUCAUUUUAAUUUGAGAGGCAUUUUUGAUUUAGUUGGAGUGACUUUUGGCUUUACAACACAAGAAAAGGAUGGAUAUCAAAUUCCUGCUGUUUAUACAAAAGCUGUAAAUAUAGAAACAGAUAAGCACAAAUGGAAAGGCAGUUUUGGAAACAAUGCAAUUGAAAAGGUUGGAAAUUCAAUCAUGAAAGCUUUUCGAAACAAAGGAGUCAAAUCAAUUAAGAAGAAACUUACUGAUAAACUUCAAAAUAAAGUUCCUACUACUAUUAAUAGAGGAAUAAAGAACUCAAUUCAGGUAGAAGCUCCUUUGGAAUCUUGGAUUUAUAUGAAUAUUGCUACAGUUAGUCCUAUUAAAGUCAAUCCAGACUCUCUUUCAGUCCCUCUCAACGGAACUGUGUACAUCCCAGGGUCUAAUGUCAACACAAAGCAUAAAGCAACUGAAGUUAUGUUGAAUAUGAGUAAUUCUCAGAAUGAUGUACUUGUAACAGCAAGUAAUUAUGUUUUUGAUACCUUCACAGAAUCCCUAAACCAAUACGAUUUUGACUAUUCUCUGAAUAGCAAUGGUUAUAGCAUUAAUGUUUUUAUCCCAGGAAAUAAUAAUUCAAUAAGUAUAAAGAAUACAGAUAAAGGGCUUCACUUUAUUGCUCAAGGAACUUGCCUCAUGCUUCAGUCAAGAACUUCUUUUGAUAUAAAGAUAUCAGGCGACUUGACAUUUAACUUUACUAAAGGUGAUGAACAAAAUAUGUUCUAUUUACACCCAAUUAUUAAUAAAGACUCUUUGGAUAUCUCUACUUCUAAUGCUCAUUUGGUUGGCCAAAGCCUAGGACUUGGAAUUUUGAGUCCGAUAUUUGGACCAAUACUUGAGCAUUUCUCACUAAAACUAAAUCCGAAGCCUAUUCCAGUUAAGAAAAUAAAGGAUUUCCCGUUUACUCUAUCCGCUUCAAGUACAGAAUAUACCGAAGCUCAUAUGUUUGCUCGAUUGGAUUUCUAAGUUAUUUGCAUAAAUAUGUUUCAAUAA